UACGCAUCACUUCCGCGCGCGGGCUGCCUUCCGGCGGCGGAGGCGGACCUGAGGCUCGGGGCUCCGCGGCCCCGGUGACGGCCUCGCCCGGCCGAGCGGCGCCCGCCAUGGCCGCUGCCCGGAGGGGCGCGCUGCUGCCGCUGCUGCUGCUGCUGGCCUGGCAGGCCGCGGCGCCGGCCGGCUGCGCGCACGACGACGACGACGACGACGAGGUGCCGGCCGAGUGGCUGCUGCUGCACGUCGUCCAGGGCCACGUCGGCGCCGGCAACUACAGCUACCUGCGGCUGAACCACGAGGGCAGGGUCGUGCUCCGCAUGCGCAGCCUGCGCGGGGACGCCGACCUGUACGUGUCGGACCGCACGCUGCACCCGAGCUUCGACGACUACGAGCUGCAGUCGGCCACGUGCGGCCGCGACGGCGUGUGCGUGCCGGCGCACUUCCGGCGGCCCGUGGGCAUCGGCGUGUACGGGCACCCCUCGCACCGCGACAGCGAGUUCGAGAUGAAGGUCUAUCUCGACAGGACCGCGCCCGGCCAGCCCGCGGCCCCCGCCGAGCCCGCGCCCGCCGACGAGGAGUCGGUGCUGUGGACGCUGGCCAUCGGCGUCCUCAAGCUGCUGCUGGAGCUGCUCUUCUGAGGAC